CUGGAUCAAACCCCAUUUUAGUUAUAUAUAUAAAAAAAAAAAAAGCCAAAGUCUUUCUAGAAGAAGGCUUGUGUGUGUUGUGUUGUGCCAAGCACAUCGUUGCCUUUUGUUUCCAAUUACAUAAAUUGAAUAUUCAUAUUUUCCUUUUACUAUGUCUCCACCUCCUUCCUCCUUCCUCAUACACAACUCUCCACUUCUCUAAUCAUCCAUCCAUGGCUCUUCUCUUAUACAAUCUCAACCUCUUCUAGCCUACCUUCUUCUGCGUUUCUAUUUCUUUCUUAAACCUUUUAAAGUUUUUUCUUUUGGAGAAGACAAAAGAGGCUUUUUUUAUUGAUGGGUAUUUUCGCUAGCCAAAGAGGGUCAAGAACAGGGACGACCCAAGAUGCUUUACCUGUCUCUAAUGGUGUUCCUGUGAUUAACAGGAAGAAAUGGUCCAAUUUCCUCCCUCUUUUUGUUGCCCUUGUUGUUAUAUCAGAGAUCGCUUUCUUGGGUCGUCUCGACAUGGCUAAGAACGUUGCUAGGGUGGAUUCAUGGGCCGACUUGUUCUCUCGGGCUCCACCUGUUCAUCAACUGAGGGUUGAGAUCGAGAGCUCUGGUCUCGAUUUGAUACAUGCCGAUCGGAAUUUGGAGUUGGAUGGUUGUGAGGCCUGGCUUGAAAGAGAAGACGCCGUUGACUAUUCAAGGGAUUUUUCAAAGCAACCCGUUUUGGUUUCCGGUGGCGAACAGGAUUGGAACUCAUGCAAUGUAGGAUGUCAUUUUGGAUUUGAUUCUAGUAUGAAACCUGAUGCUGCUUUUGGUACACCUCAAGAAGUUGGAACAGCUAGUGUUCUUCGAUCUAUGGAAUCGGCUCAAUACUAUUCAGAGAACGAUCUUGAACAGGCACGACGGAAGGGUUAUAAUAUCGUUAUGACAACUAGUCUCUCAUCUGAUGUUCCUGUUGGAUACUUUUCCUGGGCUGAGUAUGAUAUCAUGGCACCAGUGAAACCAAAGACCGAGAAGGCCCUUGCAGCUGCAUUUAUUUCCAAUUGUGGUGCUCGCAACUUCCGGUUGCAAGCUCUUGAAACCCUUGAAAAGUUAGAUAUUUCGAUAGAUUCUUAUGGGGGCUGCCAUAGAAACCAUGAUGGAAGAGUGGACAAAGUAGAAACUCUGAAACGCUACAAAUUUAGUUUUGCUUUUGAGAAUUCCAAUGAGGAGGAUUACGUUACGGAGAAAUUUUUUCAGUCUCUUGUCGCUGGGUCUGUGCCAGUUGUAAUUGGUGCUCCUAAUAUUCAAGAUUUUGCUCCUGCUCCUGGUUCAAUAUUGCAUAUUAAGGAGCUCAGUGAUGUUGAGUCUGUUGCAAAGACAAUGAAAUUCCUUUCACAAAACCCGGAAGCAUAUAAUCAGACUCUCAGGUGGAAAUAUGAAGGUCCAUCUGAUUCUUUCAAGGCCCUUGUUGAUAUGGCGGCAGUUCAUUCAUCAUGCCGACUUUGCAUUCACCUGGCAACAAAGAUUCGAGAUGAAGAAGAAAAGGGCCCAAGGUUCAAGAGACGACCUUGCAAGUGCACCAGAGGACCAGAAACUGUGUAUCACUUGUAUGUACGAGAAAGAGGAAGGUUUGAGAUGGAAUCUGUUUUCUUAAGGGCUGGGAAUCUGACUUUGGAAGCAUUGGAAUCUGCAGUGCUCACAAAGUUUAACUCUCUAAAGCAUGUUCCGGUAUGGAAACAGGAAAGACCCGAAAUCUUAAGAGGAGGAAACGAACUUAAAGUAUACAGAAUACAUCCUGUUGGCAUGACACAGAGGCAAGCUCUGUAUACCUUCAGGUUUAAAGGAGAUGCCGAUUUCAAAAAUUACGUGGAAAACAAACCUUGCGCCAAGUUUGAAGUAAUCUUUGUUUAGGAUUAACAAGUCUCUGCAUUUUUUUUUCAUAAAAGUUCAGCAUUUUUCAGCACUUGUUACUAAACUUGGAGCAGAGUAGUAAGUGAUUUUUUCUUGUUUUGACCCUCUUUGUAAACCAUAUUUGUUACCUCUGAUCAGAUUGGUAGAAUUUUAGUGAACUACAAACAAGUGGCAUAUUAUUUAAGAGGAUAAACCAAUUGAUGUACCUUUAUUGUGAAUCCUUCACUUGAAGAAAAUACUUAACCUCAGGUUCCACUCUUCUCUCACUUUUUAUUUUCCUUUUGGUUGGAGUAUAUUAGCAUCAUUGUUUUUGAA